UGAAGUCGUGUCCUGGAGAAGUUUUCAAUGCGUGCGUCAAAAGUACGUGAGGACAGUGGCGCAUUGGACGGCUGUAGUCAGUGUUGAAGGAGCGGAAGGAGGAGGGAGAUCAUACAUUAACUCCUGCUGGCUGCGGGGACUCUCCAGUUGAUACAAGCCAAGACAGAGGGGUGCACUCAGAGCAACACUGACAGCUUUUUUUUUUUUGAGGAACACAGAAAGCGACAAAUGAUCUUCUUUUCUUUUUUUUCUUUUUUUUUUUUGCGUGGCAACCCUGUGUAUUCCAGGGCAUUUUUACGCACCGCAAAAGAGUAAAGAAAACGCUGCAGAGAUGAGUGUUGCGCGGCUGUUCUUGCUCCUGAAGGAUCCCCUCUCCUGAUAAAGGGACCAAAGAGGACAAAACAAGGCUGUCCAUGGUGUUUUCCAAAAGAAGAUCGCAAAGGUGGAGCGAUUAGAGAAGGGCUGAUGACGGGACUAUUAAUCCUUUCAGUGCAUCAAAAGCACCAAAGGGUAUUAGAAACGUUUGGAUGGAAAUCGGGCGAGUGUUUAGAACUAUUUUUGGUUUUAUAUGAAACUGGUGAUUAGUUGUUGUGACACAUUUGCAAGGAUUUUUUUUUUCUUAAUCACUGAAGAUUUUACUAAGGAGUAAAUUUGCCUCUUUUUUUUUUUUUUUUUUUUUUUUCAGCGGAAGAUUGUAUGGUAGUCUAUGAGCGGUUUCCCGGCGUGAAUUUUCAGAAACUCUCAUCCCAAUCUUUUUUUUUCCUUUUCAAGUAUUCCUACAUCUAAAUGGAAUUAGUUGAGUCUAAAGCCGGUUGUGAAAGGAACAGACAUGGUACAUGGACACAGCUUCCAUCACGUUGUUGCAAGUCUUCUCAUACUUGGGUUGUCUGGGGCAACAAAGAAGGAUACAGCAGUGAAAAACAACUCUGGAGUGAAGCCUGCAGGUCAAUGUGGAACGUGGGUGAAAGAACCAGAAGGAGGGCUCUUCACUUCUCCCAAUUACCCAAACAAAUACCCCCCAGACACAGAGUGCGUCUACAUCCUUGAAGCCCCCCCAAGGCAGUGUAUCGAUCUACACUUUGAGGAGAAUUAUUCAAUCGAAUCCUCUUGGGAAUGUAAAUUUGACAACAUCGAGGUUCGGGAUGGACCGUUUGGCUUCUCCCCAAUGCUCGGACGGUACUGCGGUCAGCACAGCCCACCCGAUAUCAGGAGUAGCGGCCGAUAUCUGUGGAUAAAAUUUGUUACAGAUGGUGAACUGGAAGCGGUGGGAUUUUCAGCAAAUUACAACUUCACUGCAGAUCCGGACUUUGCAGAUUUGGGAGUACCCCCACCUCUGCCCUCCUGUCAGUAUGAUAUGGUUGGUCCAGAAGGUAUCGUUGAGUCUCAUCAGAUCACCAGGGACGGGAAGGCUGACGCCACCGAGGCCGUCGACUGUAAAUGGUACAUCCGCGCUCCGCCGCGCUCCAAGAUCUACCUGCGUUUUCUCGACUAUGAGAUGGCCAAUUCCAAUGAAUGCAAGCGCAACUUUGUGGCAGUGUAUGAUGGUGGCAGUUCGGUGGAAGACCUGAAGAGCAAGUUCUGCUCCACGGUGGCCAACGACAUCAUGCUGGUUUCCACGCUGGGCGUCAUCCGCAUGUGGGCGGACGAGGCGAGCCGCAAAAGCCGCUUCCGCAUCCUUUUCACAACCUACCAAGAACCUCCAUGCGAUGCAGAUGCCUUCUUCUGUCACAGUAACAUGUGCAUAAACAACACACUGGUGUGUAACGGCAUGCAGAACUGUGUCUACCCCUGGGAUGAGAACCAAUGUAAAGAGAAGAGGAAAGCUAACAUCCUCGACAACCUGAACAACACAAACGGGACCAUAAUCGGUGUGACCUGUUGCAUCGUCCUCAUCCUCCUCAUCGUCUCUGUCAUUGUCCAGAUCAAGCAGCCGCGUAAAAAGUACAUCCUCCGGCGUGAGGACUUUGACCCCACCAUGUUCCAGGAGGUUUUUGAGCCGCCUCACUAUGAGCUGUGUACUUUACGGAGCGCCACCACAGCUGCAGCGGCUUCGGCGGACUUAGUGGACCUGGCGGAAGACUUUGAGAACUACCACGCCCUUCGCCGUGCCUCCUCACGCUGCGUCCAUGAUCACCACUGUGGGUCCGCCUCCAAUCCUGGCUCCGCCCACAUAUCCCAGCUGUCACUCAGCGGACGAGGAAGCCGUGGAAAUUUGAGCGCUCGAGAUGGAGCGGCCGCCACUCUGCUCACAGACCUUCCACAGCCGCCAAUGGCAGUGCGGCCCUUGCUGCCGGCCACAGGAAACCGCAGGAGCAUCUUGGUCAUGAAGCACAGCUAUUCGCAAGAGGCUGCGGACAAUGGAUGUGACCUGGACGACGACCUGGAAGAAGUUCCCACCACCAGCCACCGGCUUUCACGCCACGAAAAGGCAGUACAGCGGUUCUGCCUCAUUGGCUCUUUGAGCAAACAUGAAUCAGAGUACAACACAACUAGGGUCUAAGAGACAAUCUCAAGACUUCUUGAGAAUAGUGAAAUCCUGGAUCAGUACGAACGGGCGUCACUGACAUAUGAAAAAGCGGAGCGGAGAUUUACACCAGCAUGAUGCUGAUGAUGAUGAUGAUGAUGAUGAAGGAACUCUUUGACGAAAAGGAUACUGAAUAUGUAUUCAUGUGCAAAGAUGAACACAAAGGACAGCUGCAAUGCUGUUAAGAGGAACAGUUUUGAAAAUCGGUCAGCUUUGUGCUCUACGUACUGUAGUCGGUCCAGAUUUUUUUGUCUCACUGGAUAGAUAUGGACCUUUAGAAUGAACAUGAUUAUUGAUUAUUGAUCUUUAAAUUUGGGACGUUAGUCAGAAACAUAUCUGUCAUUGUCAUAGAUUCCUCGCUGAUAACAAAAUUAAUGUGAUCAAACAUCUUCACGUUGAUUUUUAAGCAUGUAUUUUUCAAAUUAGUGGCAUACAUAUUAUGAUUUCAAUAGCACAUUAUAGAUGCUUGCAGUUUGUCAAUUUGGGAAGUUUUAUGUUAUUAGUGAAAAUUGGAAUUAAACUCAAUCAAUUACUAACCUAAUGAAAUUUAAUACCGUUGGAUUAACCACAAGCAGUUUAAUAUGAAUAACUAUUCCAGGUCCAGUUGUAUGGCUUGUGCAUGCUUCUUUUAUAUCCAUUGAAACAUUAACAUACUAACGUUAAAAAAUAUGAAAGGCCCCUAUCUACUAAUACAUAAGUCAUAUGGUCAUAAGAAGUGAUUUAAAAAAAAAAAAAAGCAUCUUUAAAAUUGAUUUAUUGCAUUGCAUGCAGUUGCUUAGCUAAAUCAUUAGAUAAAGAGAAUUAUGCAAAUAAAUAUCACCAUUUUCAUUUGAACUAAAACUCCCUUUUAAAUAUGUUGACUAACUUUUUGACUAGCAGCUUUAUUUUGGCAAAGAAAACUUUUUUGUUUUUGUUUGUUUGGUGUGUUUGUUUUUUUUUUUUUUUUUUUUGGCAAACACAUUUACUUCAAGUCUGUUUGUCUUCUAACUCUCUUCUACUGUAAGAGCUUAAUAUCUUUGUAUUAAAACAGACUUUUAUACUAGGGCAAAUUGGGAGGAUGACAGUUUUUACAGUUACUCAAAUUAACUUUCAGGGCUGAUUUUAUUGAUGCUUUGUAAAAUAAAUAACAAUAAAGCUUCACCUUUUUUCUUUGUUGUA